GCCCAGCCCCGCCCGGCGCCUGGGGGCUUCCGCCUAGCGCACCGGCUGCGAGGCUUCGCGACGCCCGGGCCUGGGCCGCGGGGAGCCGGCGAUGAGCUCGAGGCGCCGGCAUGAGCGCAGACAGCAGCCCUCUGGUGGGCAGCACGCCCGCCGGCUAUGGGACCCUGAUGGCAGAGACAGCUGUGGAUCCCCUCAGCUCCUCGGUUUCAUCCAUGAGGCUCAGCGGCUACUGCGGCAGCCCGUGGCGGGUCAUCAGUUACCACGUCGUGGUCUGGAUGCUGGCAGGAAUCCCUUUGCUGCUGUUCCGCUGGAAGCCGGCCUGGGGCGUGAGGCUGCGGCUGCGGCCUUGCAGCCUGGCCCGGGCAGAAACUCUCGUCAUCGAAAUAAGAGACAAAGAGGAUAGCGCGUGGCAGCUCUCCACUGUGCAGGUGCAGACGGAGGCCGUCGCCGAGGGCGGCCUGGAGCUGCUGCCACAGGCCCAGGCAGAGGACGGCCAGAGCCAAGCAGCCCUGGGUCCCACCCCGGAGGGGACGUGGGAGGACACCGCCCAGCUCCACAGGAACGAAGAGGCGCGGCCGGUGCUGCGCUACUAUGUCUUCCAGGGCCAGCGCUACAUCUGGAUCGAGACCCAGCAGGCCUUCCGCCAUGUCAGCCUGUUGGACCACGGCCGCACUUGUAAUGACAUCCACCACUCCCGCUCCGGCCUCAGCCUUCAGGACCAAACCCUAAGGAAGACCAUCUACGGUCCCAAUGUGAUCGGCGUGCCCGUCAAGUCCUACCUCCAGCUGCUGGUGGAUGAGGCACUGAGCCCCUACUACGGGUUCCAGGCCUUCAGCGUCGGGCUGUGGCUCGCCGACCACUAUUACUGGUACGCCCUGUGCAUUCUGCUCAUCUCCACCGUCUCCAUCUGCCUGUCACUGUACAAGACCAGAAAGCAAAGCCAGACUCUGAGGGACAUGGUCAAGCUGUCUGUGCGGGUGUGCGUGUGCCGGCCUGGGGGAGAGGAGGAAUGGGUGGACUCCAGUGAGCUGGUGCCCGGAGACUGCCUGGUGCUGCCCCAGGAGGGCGGGCCGAUGCCCUGCGACGCUGCCCUGGUGGCUGGCGAGUGCACGGUCAACGAGAGCUCUCUGACAGGGGAAAGCGUCCCCGUGCUGAAGACGGCCCUGCCAGAGGGACAGACGCCCUACUGCCCAGAGGCCCACCGGCGACACUCACUCUUCUGUGGGACCCUCAUCUUGCAAGCCCGGACCUUUGCGGGGCCCCAGGUCCUGGCAGUGGUGACUCGGACAGGGUUCUGCACAGCUAAAGGGAGGCUUGUGAGCUCCAUCUUGCACCCCCGGCCCAUCAACUUCAAGUUCUACAAACACAGCAUGAAGUUCGUGGCGGCCCUCUCGGUUCUGGCUCUCGCCGGCACCAUCUACAGCAUCCUCAUCCUCCACCGUAAUCAGGUGCCCGUGAAGGAGAUUGUGAUCCGAGCUCUGGACCUGGUGACGGUCGUGGUGCCCCCUGCCCUGCCGGCCGCCAUGACAGUGUGCACGCUCUACGCCCAGAGCCGGCUGCGGGGCCAGGGCGUCUUCUGCAUCCACCCGCUGCGCAUCAACCUGGGGGGCAAGCUGCGGCUGGUGUGUUUCGACAAGACGGGCACCCUCACUGAGGAUGGCUUGGAUGUGAUGGGUGUGGUGCCCCUGAAGGGACAGGCCUUCCUGCCGCUGGUCCCCGAACCCAGCUGCCUGCCCAGUGGGCCCCUGCUCCGAGCACUGGCUACCUGCCACAGCCUCAGCCGACUCCGGGACACGUUAGUGGGAGACCCCAUGGACCUCAAGAUGGUGGAAUCCACUGGCUGGGUUCUGGAGGAGGGGCCGGCCACAGACUCAGCUUUGGGGACCCAAGUCCUAGCAGUGAUGAGACCCCCACUUCGGGAGCCCAGGCUGCAGGGCGUGGAGGAACCCUUGGUGCCCGUGGGCAUCCUCUGCCGCUUCCCCUUCUCCUCGGCCCUUCAGCGCAUGGACGUGGUGGCGGCGUGGCCAGGCGCCGCCCAGCCCGAGGCCUAUGUCAAGGGCUCCCCUGAGCUGGUGGCAGCCCUCUGCAGCCCCGAGACAGUGCCACCCAGCUUUGCCCAGAAACUGCAGAACUACACGGCUGCCGGCUACCGGGUCGUGGCCCUCGCCAGCAAGCCGCUGCCCAUCGCACCCAGCCUGGAAGCGGCUCAGAGGCUGACCAGGGACACCGUGGAGCGGGAUCUGAGCCUCUUGGGCUUGCUGGUCAUGAAGAACCUGCUGAAGCCACAGACGGCACCGGUUAUCCGGGCUCUGCGCGGGACCUGCAUUCGCACCGUCAUGGUGACAGGGGACAACCUGCAGACCGCAGUCACUGUGGCCCGGGGCUGUGGCAUGGUGGGGCCCCAGGAGUUCCUGGUCGUCCUCCACGCCACCCCUCCUGAGAGGGGCCAGCCUGCUUCCCUGGAGCUUCUGCCAGCGGAGUCUUCGGAAACUUCUUCGGCCAAUGGGGCCAAGAGUCCUGACCAGGCCGGGAGCUACACCAUGGAGUCAGCCCUGCCAUUCAGCCACCUGGCCCUCAGUGGCUCCACCUUUGGCGUCCUCAAGAAGCAUUUUCCCAAGCUGCUGCCCAAGGUCCUGGUCCAGGGCACCGUCUUUGCCCGCAUGGCCCCCGAGCAGAAGACAGAGCUGGUGUGUGAGCUACAGAAGCUUCAGUACUGCGUGGGCAUGUGUGGGGACGGCGCCAACGACUGCGGGGCCCUGAAGGCGGCAGAUGUGGGCAUCUCGCUGUCCCAGGCCGAGGCCUCGGUGGUCUCGCCCUUCACCUCAAGCAUGGCCAGCAUUGAGUGUGUGCCCAUGAUCAUCAGGGAAGGGCGCUGUGCCCUGGACACAUCAUUCAGCGUCUUCAAGUACAUGGCCCUGUACAGCCUGACCCAGUUCAUCUCCGUGCUGCUGCUCUACACGAUCAACACCAACCUGGGGGACGUGCAGUUCCUGGCCAUCGACCUGGUCAUCGCCACCACGGCGGCCGUGCUCAUGAGCCGCACGGGCCCGGCCCUGACGCUGGGGCGGGCUCGGCCCCCGGGGGCUCUGCUCAGUGUGCCUGUCCUCAGCAGCCUGCUGCUGCAGGUGGCCCUGGUGGCCGGCGUGCAGCUGGGGGGCUACUUCCUGACUGUGACCCAGCCCUGGUUUGUGCCUCUGAACAGGACAGUGCCCGCCCCGGACAACCUGCCCAACUACGAGAACACGGUGGUCUUCUGCCUGUCCAGCUUCCAGUACCUCAUCCUGGCCGCAGCUGUGUCCAAGGGGGCGCCCUUCCGCCGGCCCCUCUAUACUAAUGUUCCCUUCCUGUUGGCCCUGGCACUCUUGGGCUCUGCCCUCUUGGGCGUCCUCCUGGUCCCCGGCCUCUUGCAGGCCCCGCUGGCUCUGCGGAACAUCGCGGAUACCUACUUCAAGCUGCUGCUGCUGGGUCUGGUCGCCUUCAACUUCGUGGGGGCCUUCAUGCUGGAGAGCGUGCUGGACCACUGCCUGCCGGCCUGUCUGCAAUGCCUCCGGCCCAGAAGGCCCUCCAAGAAACGGUUCAAGCAGCUGGAGAGAGAGCUGGCUGAGCAGCCCUGGCCACCGCCACCUGCCGGGCCUGUGAGGUAGUGCAGGCCCUGGGCCGGGCCCCUGGACACUGGAUCUCUGCCUCUGAGCCACCACUAGGACCCUUCUCCAGAGAUGGGUCACCACCGUCGCUCCCGCAUCUCCCAGGUGGCAGUGGUCACACGUCUGCCCCCGGUCUGCCCGGCCUAGCGAGCUGUCCCUGCUCCCACUCUGGAGAGACGCUGGCUGUCGACCCCAGUUCCGAUGGCCCUUCUAGGUCGCCAGCCACCCCUCGGGCUGCUGUCAUUGUAGCAAAUACAGUCAUGAUAUUUUCCUGGC